AUGAAGCCUCCAUUCUCUUCCACCUAUCCCUCGCCGUAUAUCUCCCCUCCCCGCGCUCCGCCAUAUCUUCCCCCGCACGAGCAACCUCCGCCCAUCCCAUCCGCCGCGCCCGCUGUCUUCCCCUCCCCGCACCUCAACUCCCCCCAUUCCCCGCGUUCCCCUUACUCCCCCCGUUCCGCGCGAUCUCCGCCGACCUAUUCCCUUUCCGCCUGCUCCCCCGCCACCUCCCCGCCACUCGCUUCACCCUUCCUCCCCAACUCCAUUGCGGAAGCUGCGCGCUCGUUCCUAUCUUCCGCCGUCCUCUCUCCCUUGGGGGAAACCAUUAAGGCUUCCGCGGUGGCGGGGGAGAGACGGGGGGGAGUUGGCGGUGUCGAUUCGGGGAAACGUGGGGAAGCAGGCGCAAGCAGCGGAGCGGCUAGAGGCGACGGGAGGGACGGCUGCGGAGGAGGCGCGAGCUCGGGGGACGGCGGAAGGAACCCUGGCGGAGCAAGCGGAGCAGGCGGAGCGGCGCUGGGCGGAGAAAGACUCGCGGGCGGAAAGGCUUCCGCCAGGCGCGCGGCGGAGGAGGAGGCGGCGGUGACGAUGGGCCCCGCGGCGAUCUUCGGGGCGCCGCUGAGAGGCGGAGCGGCGGCGGCGGCGGCGGGCGCGUGGGGGUCAUCGGCGCAAGCAGCCGCGUUACAUGCGCCUUCGUUACAAUCACAUCCGCAGCAGCUGCCGGCAGGAUCGCGGCGCUACCCGUACAUGCACACUGCCAUCUACGGAUGCGCACUAUGCACAGCGGGGGUCACGGCAAUAGUCUUCCCCAUGGCCUUCACAGUCACGCUGGAGCUGCUCGUGGCCAUCGUCCUUGCAAUAGGAGGGCUGGCGUCUCUAGCAGCGUUCCUGCUGCAGCGCUCUGCUCCCGACGCGUCUCUCUUCCUGCUGCUCGCGUGUCUCCACUCUGCCACUGCACUACUGCUGCUGCUCUUCCCCUCCUUCGGUGCGCUCGGCCUCACUCUCGCCCUCGCAGCCUGGUUCAUGGCUAAGGGUGUGAGCAAACUCAUUCAAGCUCUCCAGCCCAUUCAAACCCCCUUCCCCCACCGCUCCUCUCCUUUGACCAUCCCCUUUCUGCCUGCCCGUUUGUGA